AUUGCUUCGAAGGUCUGUGUUUUUAUUUCCAGGGAAAAAGAGUUUUGUCCCACAGUCAGCAGGCCACUAGUUUACUAAUUUCCAGUCACCUUGAUUUUUGCAAAAAUGAAGACUCUUCAGUCUACACUUCUCCUGUUACUUUUUGUGCCUCUGAUAAAGCCAGCACCAUCAACUCAGCAGGACCCACGCAUUACCUAUGAUUAUGGAACAGAUAAUUUUGAAGAAAGUAUAUUUAGCCAAGAUUAUGAGGAUAAAUACCUGGAUGGAAAAAACAUUAAGGAAAAAAAAACUGUGAUAAUACCUGAUAAGAAAAGUCUUCAAUUACAAAAAGAUGAGAGUAUAACACCAUUACCCUCCAAAAGAGAAAAUGAUGAAAUGCCCACGUGCCUGUUGUGUGUUUGUUUAAGUGGUUCUGUAUACUGUGAAGAAGUUGACAUUGACACUGUACCACCCCUGCCAAAGGAAUCAGCCUAUCUUUAUGCACGAUUCAACAAAAUUAAAAAGCUGACUGCCAAAGAUUUUGCAGACAUACCUAACUUAAGAAGACUUGAUUUUACGGGAAAUCUGAUAGAAGACAUAGAAGAUGGUACUUUUUCAAAACUUUCUCUGUUAGAAGAACUUUCACUGGCUGAAAAUCAACUACUAAAACUUCCAGUUCUUCCUCCCAAGCUCACUUUAUUUAAUGCAAAAUAUAACAAAAUCAAGAGCAGAGGAAUCAAAGCAAAUGCAUUCAAAAAAUUGAACAAUCUCUCCUUCCUCUACUUGGACCACAAUGCCCUGGAAUCUGUGCCUCUUAACUUACCAGAAAGUCUACGUGUAAUUCAUCUUCAGUUUAACAACAUAACUUCAAUUACAGAUGAUACAUUCUGCAAGGCUAAUGACACACGUUACAUUCGGGACCGAAUUGAAGAGAUACGCCUGGAGGGCAAUCCAAUAGUCCUGGGAAAGCAUCCAAACAGUUUUAUUUGCUUAAAAAGAUUACCCAUAGGUUCAUACUUUUAACCUCUAUCAGUACAACAUGUAAAGUACACACAUACUCAUACUCUCUUAAUAAUGUCAAAAGGAAUAUAAGUAUUGGUUUAAUAUUAACUUUGUAUCCCUUUAUGAAGGAAUUUGAUGUUUUCAGCAAAGAUGUUCAAAAAUUUUAUAUGUAAUAAGUAAAAAGACUGAAUUCCUAUAUUCAAACAAAGUAAGGUAAAAAUAUGUCAAAAGCAUUACAAAUUCCCUCUAGUUUAUAUGUCACUGCCACUUAAAAGACGUAUUUUUAUGUAAGUACCCAAAUAUGAGGUGUAUUGCUAUUACUAAUGAUGUAAGAGGAUAAGUCCAAGAAACUUUCAACUGUUUGUUUUUCCUGGCCUUUACUUUAUUUCAAAACCAUUAAAGGCAGAUGUUCCAAAAACUCUGAAAAGCUAAAUAUUUCCAGUGAUCUCCCAUUUUUCUUUUAUGAUUCACAAUAAUUCCUUUUGAAGUAGGAACUUUGUUUUCUCCCUAUCAAGGCAGCUAUUUUAUUAUAUUUUCACUUAGCAUGAGAAAUAGGAAAAUAGUUUCAUACCUAGGUAGAAUUUUGUAAAUAAAAUAGGACUCUAGUCUCUCAUAAAGAGCUAAUGCAGAAAUGUUCAACGUUAUUCUGCUUUGUGGUCACACAGUUAAUGUCAUUU